UCCACGAAGCGUCAGUAACUACGCCAAGCUGGGGACAACAUUGGACCAGGACUUAAGAAGCUUUACUUUAUGUCUGCACAUACGCACCGACAUGAGGUCCACCAGCCAUCCAGGUGUGGUCAGCUAUGCUGUACAAGGACAAGACAAUGAGCUACUCUUCUUCAAUAACGGAGGGAUCGGAUUCACAUUGUACGUACACGGUAAAACUGCUGCUCUUGGUGCCUUGCCUGUUUGGAAUGGUGAGAGGCAUGCAGUAUGUGCCACCUGGCGCAGCAACGAUGGAACCUGGCAGGUCUACACUGACGGCGUUCUUCAGGCUUCCGGCUGGGGGCUGAACGUAGGAGGAAAAGUGCGCAGUGGCGGAACAUGGAUCCUUGCACAGGAUCAAGACACAGUUGGGGGAGGGUUCGACCGGAAUCAAGCGUUCAGUGGAGAACUGUCACAGGUGAACCUCUGGGACCGCGUGCUGACUCCAGCUGAGAUAGGGACAGACUUCUGUGGUCAACAUGGCAACGUGAUUGACUGGGCAACCACUGACAUCAAGGUUUUGGGACAGGCCACUAAUGACGAAUAUCGCUGCGGAUGUCCAAAGAUAUACUACAUUAAUGUUAACGGAGUUUGCUACAAGUACUAUCCUGAGGCGAAGACGUACGCCCAGGCUCAACAGACGUGUGCCGCAGAUGGGGGACUGUUGGCCAUGCCAAAAGACGAUCAGACCAACAAUCUUAUCAACAGCCUUGGAUCUGGAAACCGCUGGAUCGGGCUGACGGACGUCGCCAACGAAGGCCAGUGGGUGUUUGAGAACGGACAGGCCCUGGAGUCAAAUGGUUAUUCUAACUGGAAUUUAGUGGAACCGAAUGGUGGCAGUGGAGAAAACUACGCUGCCUUCUCGUGGACUGGGUCAGGGUGGCAGGAUUGGCCAGGGAACUCGGCAAUGCCAUUCACCUGUCAGAUAGGUGAAGAUUUGGAAUAA